GCAAUAUCUUUGCUUCUACUUGCUGCUUCCUUUUCUCGCUUGCUAAGGCCGACUUGUGCUCGCCUUUUGUUUUGGUUGAACAAUCACGUGAUACUAUACCCCUCAUGACAACAUAUUGAUGACAUUUCGAGAUGAAAUCUGAAGAUUUUCCUCAUCUCAAGUGAAUCUUCUCGUCAACGGGCUGCCAUUAAUUACAAUCACGGCCUUAAGAGCAACAGAGAACCAACCGUCACCAUGGCCGCCGAAAUCCCAACAAAGCCUGGGGUUUUGCUCAUAUCCCUCGAAUACAAAUCAUUCUUUGAUGAAAUGUACGAGGCCCUCCUCGCUGUAUUCCACUCAAAAGCAACCAUACAACGCGUCAAGAAAGCAAAUUCGACCAUUUCUCAGCUUUCCAGACAGCAACAACCAUCUGCCGUGCUCGUAACAGACGAGGGGCUAACUACGAAUGAGAAUUCACAUGUGUGGGAGGCAGUUCUGCGGUAUGUUCGGGAUGGGGGCAUAUGUGUAGUCAUGGGAAACUUCCCUGCCUUCGUCUUGCCGGACAGCAUGAAGCCGUUCUUCGCCAAAGCUGGCCUCCCUUGGGAGAGUGGUCCAUAUCACCGCACGACACUGGUGCUCAACGCAGAGGCGACAGGUCAAGAUUUGGCUACUCGCCUUCCUUCACAGUACAGCCAGAAGGCCUUGUUCGUUAAGAAUGUCACGCCUGCUGAUUCUUGGUACGUCACCAAUGUGGACUCUGUGAUUGAGUCGCGAGUCUUCCCUCCAGAUAACGCCGAUACCCCUGGAAAAACCCCCGUCGCAUUUGCGCGAGUUGGAGAUGGAAAGCUGGGCUAUGUUGGUGACGUGAACGCAGAAAAAGGGUCAGACGCUGCGAUCCUUGCCAUGUGUGGGUUUUUGUGAUAAUGAAACUUGAGUAAAUGUGAUUCAAUGCCAAGUGGACCGGAAGUUUAUUGGGAGAUAGUUAAAAGGAAGAAGAUUUAACCUUUGAAGGAUAGCCAGAUGAAAGAAAUGUGCGAAAUUUCUCUUAGA